GUAUUUUCGUAAUUCAACAGAAACCCUGAAUCCAUCUUAAACCCUAAGAUCUCCCCAUUCUUUCAAUCAUCUCCUGUAACAGCCAAUCCCGUCGCACAAAGAACCUCUGUUUCUGCCCUUCUCUAACAACAAACAUGGCAAAGCGAUUGAUUCCUUCAUUUAAUCGCAUUUUGGUUGAGAAAAUAAUCCCUCCUUCUAAAACCAACUCUGGGAUCUUGCUUCCUGAGAAGACCCCCAAGUUGAACUCUGGAAAAGUGGUAGCAGUUGGACCAGGAGCUCGAGACAGAGAUGGGAAGCAUAUCCCAGUUAAUCUGAAGGAAGGAGAUACAGUUCUUUUGCCUGAAUAUGGUGGCACUGAAGUCAAGCUUGGUGAAAAAGAGUAUCACCUAUACAGAGAUGAUGACAUCUUGGGAACCCUUCAUGACUGAAUUUUGCGGCUGUGGGACUGGAGAAUGAUUCUCAUUCAAAUAUGUCUCUGUUCUUGAAGGAAACAAAUAUUUACCUUGGACUUGUGACUCUAUCAGUAAUUUUACAUGUUUUAAGACUUUUUAUUCGUUUGAAGGCAUUUUGGAUGAGGAAUGUUUUCAAGAAUUUUACUAGCUAUGGGGAAAAAAUGUUGCUAAAAUCUUCAAUCAAUAAUCUCUUCCAUUUUGGUUUUA